GUCGUGCAACUGCAACCAACGCCCACAACAAGCAACACCCAACUGGCGCGUCACGGAGCACAGGCCAGGCCAUGGCAGACCCGAUUCUUGCCUUCUACGGGAUCACGUCGCAUGCGCCAGACGUCUGGCAAGAUGUAGACCAAUCCACAGUGCGCAACAGUGUGUCGUCCACAACAAAAGAAGUUCUUGGAUUGGACACCAAUAUACCAGCAUCACUCAGCGCUGCAGGUAUUCUUCGCGGCGGAGAUGUCCCUACAGAGUAUCAAGUCUCGAGCAAGCACUUCAACGCGCGCAGCUAUAUUCGCGAUGUUCAUCGUAAAGCAACGCCGAAUGACCUGAAGCGUGGUCAAGCCAACUUGCUUCGCGAAAUCGAAGACAAGUCUGGUAGUCUGCGGUCACUCGUUGAAGACAACUUUGAUCGCUUUGUUGGCAGUAAAGGGACGAUUGAUGAUGUGUAUGCACAAAUCUCGAGUGAGUUCUUGAAGCGAACGCCGGCAACCAACAAGAGUCCCGUUAAGGAGAUGCCGACAUAUAUGCGUCGACCAUCUGCUUUUCAGAAGGACAAGAAGGAAGAGCCUGAAGGUGGCAUCACCGAUCAAGUCAAGGAUAAGCUGUAUGAUUGCUCAGCUCGUGCAGCUCAAAUCUUUGAGCCCAUGGUUGAGAGCAAGCGGAAGGCAGACAAGCUCAAAAUGUCGCUCGGUAUUUUGGACCGCUACAGCGAGCAUUUUGCACUGCCAUCUGUCUUGAUGAAUCGUAUUGAACGCGGCGAUACGGACGGUUUGCUCAAAGCUUUCAAGCAGGGCAGCACUCUAUAUGAUGAAACGCACAAGAGCUUAUCAUCCGCAAAUCCAAGUUCAGCAGCUGCCUCCAAACGCGAUAUACGUGCGCUUGCUCGUGUAUGGGCAGAAGUAGAACGCGUGAUGAAGGCCUAUGAACAAACUCUUCUACGCUCACUCGAUACGCUUGAAAAGCCAGACCGAAUUGUCAAGACGUGCAAUACUCUGUUGGAAUUGGGCGUUGCAGAGAAUCCAUAUUUGCGUGCUUAUACGCAAAGUGUUGCCCGUGUCAAGGAAGAGAGUAGUGUUGCCUUGCAGCGGACGCGCACGCAUGUCGAGAUUCUUCGGCGCAAUGUUGAAAUCCCGAGAUUGAAAGGGUCUGCUGUGGAGCAGAAAAAGACACGCAUCACAGCUUUACACAAUUUCAUCUCGGCUGAGCUUUCGCCUGCCAGUGCAACGAAACUUCCAAUGACGGAGAGUGCGUUGACGCUGGAUAUGGGCGAAGUGGCAAAUUUCUGGAAAGCCUUGGAUGCAUUGGUGGAUAGUCUUUGGACAACACAAGUACAGCGAAUCGCAGAGUCAUGGUCUGUCGUACAAGAGUUCUGUGGAACUGGCUCAGGAUUGUCUGGUGGCACGCGUCCAUUGAACCUGCUUCCAUCUGGUCCACAAGGAUCUUCAAAACGUCAUCACAUCUUUUCGGCGACAGAGAGACAAGCAGUCAGCACGCAAGCUGAAGAAUGCGUCGCCGCGCUCUGUACCCAUUUUGCAGAGUUCUGGCUGUCAAAGCCCAUCAAGGAUCUUCCGUCAAUUUAUUCCCCUGCGUCUGUGUCAGAGUCGCCCGUCACACCACAAACUUCAACCGAAGGCCCCACCUUGCCAACGUUGCCGCCCGAUGCUGCAGAUGCAGAAUUUUCCUUCUUGACAGGUUACGCCACAUCUGUUUCUACAGUCGUUCGGCUCACUCACAUCAUGACGCUCAUUAUGGAUGGCGCACAUACCCUCAAAUCUCUACGCAUCAGCAGCAAAAUUGACGAUGCAUGUCGCUCUCUCGUCACAAGUAUUCGUGAGCGCUUCAUUCGCGCCGUAUGUGAAGCGUGGCAGGCGGAUUGUGAGCACCUUCCACAUCUGGAAACUUGGCACAAACUUGCCCAUCAGAAUGUUCUGCCAGGCGCGACUCCACCUCCACAAGCUCGACCUACAACGCAAGUGGAUGGUACUGCCUUUCCCCAAGUCUUCUUUGCGCUUCAGAAAGCCUUGGUGGAUGGUAUUCGCGCGUUGGCCUAUGCAAAUGGUGCAGGUAGUCAAACGGGAUCACCGGAUAUGGUGCUUGGUCUCAGUCAACGGCUCGUUGGCAACAUUCGACAACAAUUCUUCAAGAAUGUGUAUACCGUCACGAAUGGUCUUAUGACAUUGACGUAUCAGCAGCCACCUCUUGUUAUGUAUCUGGAAGCGGACGUGGUGCUUGCUGAUUUGGAUGUCGAUGCAAAGAAGCUCCUGACGCUUGCGAAUCUGGGUGUCAUGCGGCAUAGCACCGUUGAGCGUAUGGUAAACAGCUUUGAGAGCGCCUUUCAAGUGGGCAUUACAGAAGAUGUCGGCAAGAUUGCAUCCAUGCUGAAACAGUAUGACGACAAGAUUUUCAGCAACUUUGGCAAGCAAAAAGCAUUGGAGCUGGAAGGGAUUGUGCUUGGCCACUUUAACGACAUUUCAACAUCACAACAAACGCGGCCGGCGGACAGCAGUGCCGAGACGACCACCAAAUUCGAUGUGCUCCGGUUGCCCCUACCAACGGAUGUGUCAAGUUAUGCGUACAAUUUGGUUCUGUUACUGGUCAAAGUCCAUGCGCAAGUGAGCAAUGCCACGCCGCUCUUGCUACAACGUCUCUUGACGUACCUGGUCGACUAUGUCUAUGAGACUUUUGCCUCAGGUCUUAGAUCGCUCUGCAAGAAGUGUACGUUGGGUGCAUACAUGACUUUCUCCAUCGACCUCGAAUUUCUCAACCUCGUCCUCAGCAGUUAUGUGAGUACACGAGCCAUGCAAACGGCAGAACGGCUCUUUCAGGAAUUCGGUGGGCGCUUGGUGGAGGAAGCAGAAAGUGGGCGACAAAAGGAAGAACCGGACGUCAAGCGCAUCUUGAGCAGAGCGAGGCGUGCAGUCAUGACACAAACGAGGGUAUUCAGACUUGAAGAAAAAUAGAGGUUUCUAGAUAC